UCUUUCACAGAAGUGCUUUUUCCCCUUUUCCUCGAGCAUGUGUGUUUUACAGCUUACGAUAAUGAGUCUGAGGAUCAUCAUAGUUCUGGCUGUGUUUACUGGGGUAACUGGGAGCCCCAGUGUGACCGUCAGACCUGAAGCUGACUCAGUGUACGUGACGGCUCAUCCCAACAGCGUACCAGAGACAGGGGAGGAAACUGGUUUCUUUGGAAAGCUGGAAGUAUUGGUGGAAGACGAGACUGAAGAGGAUAUGAUGGCGACAGGAGAGCUGAACCCCAAUCACUACCCGGCUCAGAGGGCAGCCAAAGUGGUCCAACACUACCUCAACACCCGCUACGGCUCUCCGUACAGGCUGCUGGGACUGCAGAGAGUCCACAGCGGAAAUGCAGAGGAUGUGGAAGACUCUGGAAGAAAGUAUCAGCUGGAGAUCUCAGUGCAGGAGAUGAUCGGCAAUACAACAGAGAAAUGCUCUGCAGAGGUUUUGUUUCCGAGAGGAGAAGGGCAGCGCUCUCCUCAGGUGCAGGCCUCGUGUGAGCAGCUCCUUAAAGUCAACAAUACAGCACAAGAAGAGGCCUUGUACAAACUGUUCAAGACGAACCAAAGCCUGCUGUCUGCACAAAAUCUACCUGACAGCUACGGUCACAUUGAGCCCGACAUGAAGCCUCUGUGGCACCUCAGCAUUGUGGCCUCCAGCGCCGUCAUGCUGAACGAAUCCACAGAAAACACUCUGUACAACAUGGCUCAGGUGGCCAACAUCACGCAGCUGGCAACCGAGAACGACCAGGUGAAGUUUGACUGCCACGUGCUGCUGCAUGAGAUGGUGUCCCAGGAAAUCAUCCACUGGAAGCUGCUGUUCACGUGGUCUCCUCCAGAGGGAGUUAAAGUGCUGCAGAUGGAGCAGCUGCCACACUGUCAUGAUUGUGAAAAACCUCCAAACACAAACUAAACUGCUGACAUCCAUCACACUGCUAUAAACAACCAAAACAACAUCCUGAUCCCAUCUUGUACUCACAUAGUGGAGCUGUAAUGCUGCGGAUAUAAAGCCAUCACAUAUAAUGAUGACAUUCUUACUUGUGCUAUUGUAUUUUAGCCUAAAUAAACUGUUUAUACGGAC